AUGAACACCAUGGAUUCCUUGAUGUCUUGUCUUGAAGGAGUUUCGGCACCAAAGCCCAUCGCCAUUACCGAGGAUAUGACUCCAAAUACAGCUUUUUCUAGUGGGAUUCCUAGAACUUUCCUCUUUGACUCCGACCAGACUCAAUCCAAAUAUGCAGAGUCACUCGGUGCCUUGUUGGCACUGGAGAUCUCCAAGUCUGACAUCACAAGCCAGCAAAAGAUCGAAGUGCUCUCAAUCCUCGCAAAAAUCAAGGCCUCGGUCGAGAUCAAAAGCGUAGCCAGUAACGGUGGGAAGACUGCAUUGACCUCUGCCGUUGAAGCCAACGACCUAAACCUGGUGGCAUGGCUGCUCGAUCACGAUGCCGACAUAGACGCAACCGACAACGCGGGACACAGCGCCUUGUCUUACGCCGUCUCCAGCAAUAAUGUAUCUAUGGUGCGUGUUCUUUUGGGACGUGGUCCGCUUUUGAACAUUCUCGACAAGGCCGGGAAGACUGUUCUCGAAUUGGCUGCCCAUAACAUCAAGCUAGUUGAGAUAUUGCUUGAUGCUGGUGCUGACAUCGAGCUGCAAAAUGGGAAGAGUCUCACCCUGCUGGAUACAGCCGUCGUUGAAAGAAACACAGAGCUGGUUCAUUUACUGGUCGCUCGAGGAGCCAUUCUUCAGCGUGAUACUUCUUUGCAUAUCACUGUCGAUGCCCACGUGGUCGGUGCAUCUUCUUUUGAUGGCAUACAAGCUCCAAACAGCCCAAGCGGAGUUCACAUUGCCAUCCUUCUCACGCCAAGUCUUUCCCAGCCAGUUCUCAUGAGACUCCCGACUUCUUUCAAGUUGGGAGCAAAGGCUGUGCAUGAGAUUGCUCCCCUCGGUCUGGCUCUUGAUGAAAGCUCACUUAAUCUGGGUUAUCAUUCCUCGCAAGAAGUCAAGCUCUCUGAGAAUAAGCGCACGGUCAGAACAGCCCAAGCAGAGAGAUACCAGGGCACCGAGGCCGGAACCACAGAACCACCUGUCGAUGAGGGUACUGCAUUGCUAUCUCAAGAGAAAAAGGACAUUGCUUUGAAUGAGGCGUGUGAAUCUCUUAAUGCAAACAUGAUCACCAAGCUACUCACGGCUGGAGCAAACCCAGAUGCCGAUAUUCCAGGAAAAACCAAUGCAACAAUCACCGUUUGCUGUGAGAGCCCCGUAUUUGGACGAUUCUCUGGAAAGAACCACCUAGCCAUACAAGCUCUCAUUGACCAUGGAGUUGAUCUGAAUACUGGGUAUGAAGGCCGGCUACCGAACAUGCUUUCUGCGGCUGCUCUCAACCUCGACGCAAGCUCAGUCAAAUUUCUUCUGGAAAACGGUGCUGAUCCCUUCUUCGGUGACUCUGUUGAGCGUCUUCCUGUUCAUUUUGCUGCUGGUAAUACUUUCUCCGACACUCUUGGAGAGAUCCUGGACCGAGCAUCAGCUACCAUGCUGGCCCUCGAUUCGACUCAACGGUCUCCAUUGCAUUUUGCAGCACAGUUUGGCAACGCGAGAGCCGUGAGCACGAUCUUGAAUAAGAUUGACUCCCCCAACGAGAGACGCAAGCAUGUCAAUCAGCCAGAUCUCGAUGGAUGGACUCCCAUCUGCUGGGCUAUCCGUGGCUCGAAAACCCCCAAUGCGAACACCGAGGGAUACCUGGAAACAAUGAAAUUACUGCUCAAACAUGGAGCUGACAUUGCCAUUCGAUUCCCCACCGGGUCAGAGAGCCAAGCGGCUGUUACCACACCCUGGCACAUAGCAAACCUUUACAAUGUUGAGCCUCAGAUGCUCGACCUCAUCCGACGUGAGAUUGAGCUUGUAUCUCCCGGUGAAACUGUCAGACCACGUUGGAAACAGCCAAUUAUGACUUAUAACAAGGAAGUCGGCCAUUGUGCUAUCUGCUUAUCCGGAAUUCGUGGGAAGGCAUACAAAUGUAACCAGCGUGAUGACUUCCGCAUUUGCCACAAGUGCUAUGGCAUUCGACAUGCCUUUGUCUACAUCAGACCCCUGCCAGACUCCCCUGGUAACAACUUUAUCGUGGAGGACACAUUCGAAGCAGUGAAGUCCCCACACCCGGAGUUCGAUUCAAGUGGUGUCUUCAACCACGGCGUGAAUGAUCUUUAG